UAAUAAUCACAUGAGUAGAAGUAUAAUUAUUUUGUAAAUAAGAAAAGAGAGUUUCUUGGUUUUUUGAAAAUUAAGCUGAACCAAAAGAAGAAUAAAAUUAAUCUUCUUAACAAUUAAACACUAUUGAGGAUCAAAAAUAAGAUUAAAAAAAUCCAUCCUUUCAUCCAAUAUAGGGAAAUGUUUAACCUUAAUAGACUAUGAAUACAGUUUAAUUUGAUUAUGAGAGUAAUAGGACUAGAAAAGUUUCAUUUAUUCCAUAUGGAAGUAAUAGAGUUGGUGAAUCUACUCCGCCAAAAUUAAGUACAAUUUUUGAAGAAUAACCAAGUUCAAAAAAAUAAGAACCUCAAUAAAAUAAGAUUCCUUAAGCUUAAUAAACUUAAAUUCAAUAAUCAACUUAGAAACAACCAACAAAUCAAACUUAAGUUAUUCAAACACCAUAACAAUAACCAUUUAAAACACCUAAGGCUGUUCAAAUUGAAGAAAAUAGCGGAAAAUAAUCUUAUAGAAAAAAUGUUAAGCCCAUUGAAAUAGAUAUUGCAAAAGAGCUCCUAUAGUUAACUUAAUUGGCUGAAAUGAAUGAUGCCACUUUAAAAAGAGUUACAACUAGAGAAGAAUAAGAAAUAUUAAUUAUUUAAGAUUUAUUAGCUUCAAAGAUAAGUAAACUUUAAUAGAAAUUAAUUACAUUAAAUGAAAUUGAAUAGAAGUAACUUGAUUCAAGAAUGAAUAAUAACUCUAAACUCAAUUAAUUAGAAGAUAAAGAAAAUUUUACAGAAAAUUAAUUAGAUGAAAUUAUUAAAUAAGAAUAAAAAGGAUCUUCUUAAUAGAUUAGAGCCACUUUAAUUUAAUGUCUUGGCUAUAGAGUUAGUAAUAUCUAUUAUGAUAAAAAAUAAUAUUAAAUUACAUUCACAUAUAAAUAAGCAAAUGUUUAAUAUACAUUUUAAAAUUAAAAAUAGAUUGAUGGAAAUCUAGAAAUUUUAGAUAUUUUUAAUGAAUUCUAUAAAGAAUUGCAAGAAAAUAGAUUAGUGUUAUCAGGUUUAAAAGUUGAUUAUAAAUAAAAAUCAGAUAUAAACAAAGGAGAAAUUCUUUAAUUAUCAUUAAAGCAUUAAUUUUAAAAUUCUAACAAGAUGGCAAAUGAAAUCAUUUUUUCUGCUAUUCAUUAAAUGCCAAUAUUGCUAUCAAAAGUAGAUGAAUUGGAGUAAUAAUUAUUAUUUAAUAAUAAAAUUUGGGGUACUUUAUGGAGACUCGACCCAGAAAAAGGAUCAAUUUUAAUUUUGAUUAGCCAUAGAAGUCGAUUGGAUGACAAAAAUUUAUAAUCUAAUUCAAAAAAGAGAGUCCUAAGAUUUGAAAUAAAUUUAAGAACUUUCGAAAUUCAAUAUUAAUUUUACAAAUAUUUUGAUGAGUUAAUAUCUCCUUUCAUUUAAAAAGAUUCUAAAAGAAAGAGAAGUGCUUAAGAUAUUUCAUUUGGUGAGAGAACAGAGGCUAUGGUGAGUGAUGAACAUACAGAUUCUAUAUAAGAUUUUUUAUCUAGAAAACCCAAUUUAUAAGAACUUGUGGAGUGGUUGAAUAUUAUAUAACUCAAAUGA